UCUAUCUUCUUUUUCUUUUUUGCACUUUUUAUUUCGUUUCUUUUCCUUUUGAUAAACCAUUUACUUCUUUCCUUCUUUUUCUUCUCUCCUUUCUUCUUGACUUCUUAUCUGUCUUCCAGCUUUCCAUCAUCCUCUGUUCUUUCCUCUCUCCUUUGCUAUUUUCAUCCUUUGUAAACGUCAAAGUAGUCUAAAGAAAAAGAUCCUUUUUGGUAUAGUUUUUCCCGAUUGCAAAUGACAAACUACGAAGUGAAUGCAGAUGCUUCCUCAUCAGGAAGUACCAUGCAAGAGAAAGAGCUUUCACACCCCCAUACCCCUACUCUUCCACACCUUCAUAACGACCCUGUGGUGAUGACAACUGUGGAGCCUGAAGUCAACCCUGACAAUAAAAGCGCUAAGAUCGAGGCGAACAGUCAGAUCCUAUCGGCUGCGCCACAUGUCUCAGCCACAUCUGAUAAAGUAAAGGCCCAAAAGGGUUACUGGAAGCAACGACUAGUGAUCCGCCCAAGAUUUGAGGGUGACCCUCGUGAUGAACUCUCACACUUUCGCAAGGCCAUUAUCCUCGCAGUUGUCUCUCAGGCUGGCUCUCUUGGCGGAUUUUCAAGCACUAUUUACUUUCCAUCCUUAGUGCAGAUUACGCAUGAUCUUCAGGCCUCUCAGACUGCUAUCAAUGCAUCGGUAUCUCUCUUUAUUCUAUUCAUGGGUAUCAGUCCUCUUGUUAGCUCAACCCUUUCAGACAGAUAUAAGAUCCGUCGCGCCCUCUACAUCGGUUUCACCCUCAUUUUUGCCCUGGCCUCCCUUGGAGGUGGCUUUUCGAACUCUGCGGCUACACUCAUUAUUGCCCGAAUCUUCCAGUCAAUUGGUUCUGGUGGAGCGUCUAUCCUCGGAGCUGGAACCGUUGCUGAUAUUUAUCCGCCAGAGGAGCAAGGCACUUCUAUGGGUUUAAUGUUUUUAGGUCAAUUCCUUGGUCCUGUUCUAGGACCUCCUAUUGGUGGUCUCCUCGCACAAGCCUUCGGUUGGCAGUCAACCUUCUUUUUCAUGGCUAUUGCAUCUGCCAUUAUCAUUCUUGAGCUCUUCUUCUUGCUGCCCGAGACAUAUCGCGAAGAACCUAAGGACAUGCUAGAAGCUCUUGAAGAAAAAUGUGGAAGUGUCGGGGAUGAUAGUCAAGCCGUUACAUCCAAGACCCGUUUCAAUCCUUUCCAGGCUGUGUUGCUUUUGAGGCACUCGGUAGUCAUGCUUGCAUCCAUUGAAACUGGCAUGGUUUUUGCUCUCAUGUUCUCAAUCGAAACUAUUGUACCUCUGCUUUUCACAGAGUUUUACCAUUUGAAUGAAUCCAAGGUUGGAUUGACCUAUCUUGGUGCUGGUGGAGGUAGUAUUCUUGGCUCUGUGCUUGGAGGCAAACUUUCUGACUUAUCCUUGAUGCGUGCCAAGGAAAAAAAUGGUGGUAAACUUGUACUCGAAGACCGUCUUUCAGCCAACAUGUGGAUCGCUGGAUUUGCAAUUGUACCCUUUGGGUCCCUGCUCUUUGGAUGGGGUGCGGAGAAGCACCUUAGUAUUGCUCUUCCUAUUGUCGGGUUCGCUCUCUACAACUUUGGUAUGGCUCAAGUCUUAGCUGCUGGUGCUGCUUACUUAGUUAACUGCAUUCCUGGACAAGGCUCCUCUGCCACGGCUGCUGCAAACUUUUUGCGCAUGAUCUUCGCUUGUAUCGCCUCUCUGAUUGCUCAGAUUGUAGUAGACAAAAUUGGUUAUGGCUACUAUGGUGUUAUCCUAGCAGUCCUCAACAUUUUUUGUAUGGCACUCUUUCUUCUAGUUAGAUGGAAGGGCGCUAGUAUGCGUGAAGCGGCAAUCAGAAAGGAACAAGCGACUUAAUUGGACAUUUUCCUAUACCACUAAUAUCUAAUAAUGCAUUUCGUCUUCAUUUUAUUAAAAGCAUUUCUAAGCAAUGA